UCAAUGGAAACCUUAAAGAAUUUGUUGAAUAUUAGUGAUGGCCAAGAUGAUAAGCUGCAGACAUUGAAGCGUAAAGCCAGAGCAUUGCAUGCGAAAGCAGAAGAUGUACUCAGUGAAAUAAAACAAGGGGAGCUUCAACCAGGAAAGAGACGAAGGAAGGAGGUUGAUAACUGGUUGAAAGACGUUGAAGAGGCGGUGCUUCAACUACAAAAUCUUGAGCUACGAGGUAAAGGUUUGAUUACAUCAGAACGGAGCAAUGCUGGAUUGAUAAAACAAAUUGGAGACUUGACUAUGCAAGGGAGUUUUCCUCGAGGGUUUACGUUCUAUGAUCAUGGGAGUUCUAGUGUAGCACUAGUAACAACAAACAUGAAGAUAAAUGAUAGAAUGCUACAUAAUAAUAAGAGGAAAGUUAUAUCUUGGCUGAUAGAUGAUGGCACCAUCUCCACAGUAGGCGUUUAUGGUCCAGGUGGUGUUGGGAAAACUGUGCUGCUUAAAGAAAUUCACGAUGAGCUACUUGAACGCUUUAAAUCAUCUGCACGCGUUUAUUGGGUAUCUGUGUCACAUGGCAUCACAUUGCCUAUGUUGCAGGAUAAAAUUGCUGAAGCUAUGAAUUUGAGCUAUCUUUUAACAGAGAAAAAUGCAAUCAGGAAGGCAGCCUCUUUAUCUUACGAGUUAAAGCAGAGAAAUAAUGUUUUUCUUUUCCUGGAUGAUGUGUGGGAACAUUUUUCUCUAGAGGAAGUGGGGGUUCCUAUCGGAGAUGAGAAUAGUUGCAAAUUGAUCCUGACAACGCGGUCUUUGGAUGUGUGCAGAAGGAUGAAAUGUCGGAAAACUGUCAAGGUGGAGCCGCUGUCAAAGGAAAAAGCUUGGGAGCUAUUUAGCAAGGUACUAGGACGGAGAGAUCAUAUGCCACCAGAAAUAAAUGAGCUUGCAGAGCUAGUUGCUGCUGAAUGUGCUGGUUUGCCUCUUGGUUUGAUUGUCAUGGCUGGAAGCAUGCGAGAAGUAGACGACAUUCAAGAGUGGCGUAAUACUUUAGAGGAGUUGCAAAACUCAAGUGAAGGACAACUGACAAUAGAAACAGAGAUAUUCCCAGUUUUGAAGCUUAGUUUUGAUCGUUUGAAAGACCAAAGGCUGAAGGAAUGUUUCCUAUUAUGUGCAUUGUAUCCUAAAUAUGGUGAAAUUGUACGAGAUGAGCUGAUUGUUCUUUUCCGUUCUGAAGGCCUUCUGGAUAAGAUAGAUAGUUGGCAAAAGCAAUUUGAUAAAGGACACAGCAUGCUGAAUAAACUCGAAAAUGCAUGCUUACUGGAGAGGUAUGAUAACAGAUGUGUGAAGAUGCACAAUUUCAUCAGAGACAUGGCAAUUCGAAUCACCAAUACUAAGCCACGAUAUAUGAUUGCAGCGGGUGCAGAGCUGAGAAGAAUACCUAGUGGGCGACGAUGGACAAUAGAUCUUGACAAGGCUUCCUUAAUGCACAAUUUUUUGUCAGAAAUUCAACCCGGAACAAUACCCAUGUGCCCAGACCUCACUACCUUACUGCUCCAGCAAAACCCAUUUACAAAACUCCCAGAUUCUUUCUUUGUGCACAUGAAGGCCCUCAAAGUGCUUAACUUGUCCAAAACCAGCAUCAAGAGGCUACCAGACUCGAUUUCAGAAUUGAAGAACCUGAGAGCUCUUCUGCUUGAAUUCUGCAAGCGUUUGCAUUUUGUGCCGUCAGUAGUGAAACUUACCAGCUUGAGGGAGUUGGAUUUUAGCUUUUGCUGGUCAAUGAAAGAUGUGCCGCAUGGGAUGAAUCAGCUAGCUGAACUUAGAUUCCUUGAUUUAGAGGGAUGCAAGGAUCUGUGUCAGUUACUCAGUGGUUCAUUAUCCACAUUUUCUCACAUCCAAUGCCUUAAGCUCGAUCCAGAUGUGCAAAGUAUCUCAGGAGAUGAUGUGUUAAAACUGGGAUGUUUGGAGAGAUUGGAAGGCUGCAGGAUAUCUGAUGUAAGCAAUUUUAACAAAUAUGUUAAAUCUCAGCAUUUCCAGCAGCUGAAGUACUACGAGUUUGUCGUUGGAGCAGGACAAUACAAAAGGGUUGAUCAUAGCAUAAGCGCAGAACGAAUGGUGAUCCUAUGCAGCGGAAGUCUUAAAGGAGGAAGCGGAGGGGAUCUAUUUGUUCCUCCAGAGAACACUCAAGAUCUACAGAUUCAUAACUCUGCAUUUGAUGCAAGAAGCUUGGUUGGUGCCCUUCCAUCAUUAAUUCGUUUAACAGCAUUGAAAAGAAUUCUCAUUAGGCGUUGCAGAAUGAUAGAAGUGAUAUGGUCACCAGUAUCAGGCGUUGAAGCUACACAAGAAAAGAACCACUUCAAUGCUGCUGUUGUAUUAUUGCUUCAAUGCCUUCAGGAGUUAAUUCUCACUGAUCUACAUGAUUUCAGGGGUCUAGUAAAAGGAGGAGUUGCUAUCCAACGAGGUGCCUUUUCCAAUCUUAAGAUAUUGGUGAUAAAAUAUUGUCCCAAUAUCAAGGAGCUAUUCACAUCAAAUCUUUUAAAAGGUGGCCUUGAUAACCUCCAGGAGCUGGAGGUUGAAGGAUGUGAAGAAUUAGAAAUGAUUAUUGCAGUCCAUGAUGAUGGUGGUCGAGAAAAGAUCAUAGAUUUUGAAGGAUAUGUCGACAAAGAUGGUGAUUUAAUCUGGCUUCCCAACUUGAGAGCUCUGCACUUGAGGCAGCUGCCAAAGUUGACAGGCAUCUGUCAUGGAGGGAUGCUAGGAAAGUGUUCUGUUGAGCAAAUUUCUGUUGAAUAUUGUGCAAAAAUCAAGCAGAUAUUCAAGAGCAGUUUAACACAGUACCAUUUGAGCAACUUGAGAGAAGUUAAAGUAGCAGCUUGCAACAUUUUAGAGGAGAUUAUUGCAUCACCCAACUCUCAGGGUCAAGAGAGUAGUGGCACCUAUGAACUCCCCUACUUAAGGGCGUUAGAGUUGGAUGAUCUACCAUGUCUUACAAGUUUCUUUCAUGGAAUCAUACCAACUUGUGGUUCCAUUGAACAUAUCAAUGUUACAAAUUGUCCAAUAGUGAAGAGACUACCUCUCUCUGUACCCCUACACAACAAUGGGGAAGGACUGGUACCACUUUUUCUUCAACAGAUAAAAGCAGAUCAAGAGUGGUGGGAAUCUCUCGAAUGGGAUAAUCCUCUUAUUAAGAAGACCCUUCUGCCAUUCACCAAGUUGAGUGUGGCAGGCGCAUCCAGCUUUGAUAUCUUUGAAGAACUUGGGUCUCCUGGGAGACUCCAUGAACUGGAAAACAAAUUUUCUAAAACAAAAGUGAAUAAUAGUUCAGAGACUGCAGACAUCAACUCCUGCCUUACUUUGUUAAGUGAUGUUCUGCCUUGAGGCAUGCAAGACGCACAACGCUGUAUUCUUUCUCCAAUAAGAGGAGUUACUGCGAGUAUAAAGAAAGCGGCUUUAAGGACCAUUUUCAACAUCACUUCUCAGGCAGAGAAGCAGAUAUUCAUACAGGACGUCAUUGAAACUGGUAUUGUGUUGCUCCAUAUGUCUGUUUGCUUCGUACUGCUGAAGUUUGACAUCAAGUAGGAGGUUGCGCAGGUUUUUUCAAAUGGUACUUUGGCAUAUGUUGUCAUGAUAUAAUUUAUCGUGAUCAUGACAGCAUCCAAAUCUAAUGCUCUGAAGGCAGUCAAAAAUCUAUAGGUACGUCGGGAUGACGGUGAUGAUGAAAAAGAAGCAGCAUUGUCUUCUGUUAAUGGUGCAGAACUGCAGCGCAGAGGAAAUGAAAACUUUGAAAUUGAAUCCGAGUUUGGUAAAAGAUGUGAACAGCAUUUUUUUUCCUUAAUUGUCUAUUUUGCCUGAGAACAAUGACAGCUUUUCUUCAAUAAUUCUUCAUAGCCAUUCCUCAGACGCAUAUUGCCCUAAUCAUCUGUAGCCAGUUUGCCAGAAGUUAAAAUCUGAAUAAAAUUGGACAGGGAAAUUCAGACGUGGAUGAAAUUUUUUUGAUUGGAACUUUAUGACCAAUUGCAAAAUAGUUUUGGCACAUGAGUUCUGGUUUCGAUUUCAAGUGAUUUCAGUUAUAUUUGGUUUCAAUUAUUAAUUUGAAUUUCAUCGUAUUCAUAAACAAAAAAAAAACUUUGAUUUAAUUACAUUUAUUUUCGAGUCUAGUAAGCUUUGAUCCAGUCAGUCAUUUGAUCUCAUAAACAAUCCGGGCUAGGAUAAGGUAAUUCAAAUUGAGUAAUUAGGGUACUACUCCAUAGUUUGUUUUUCCGGGACGUGGAAUCAAUUACACAUUAGAGUAGAUAUUAAUUGAAACCACAUAGGCAGUGCUCAGCUGAGUACUUCCAUGUUAGUGUCACACAGACACACAUUGUAAAUGAUAUCUCACAUCAGUCAUAUGUUUUACUUAUUCAAUUCGAAGUCUCCACCAUAUGGCUAAUUAAAAACCGAAAUUCAUAUGAGUUCAAUUAGGGAACGAAGCUUUAUUGUUCUUCGCAAAAUAAAACCAAGUAACAGUAAUUCUCCUGGAAGGCACACCAAUUACCAAAUGGUUUUAGGAUUAAACAUAGAAUAGGGAGAAGGGACUCAAGGGAGAAGUUAAAGAAGAAGGGUUACAAUAAUUCUCCUGUCAAUUCAAUUAUAAAAUAAAACCAAUUAACAGUAAGUCAGUAAUCAAUUCUAACAAUCAUAUCAGCAGAAGUGGUAAUCCCUGAGAUAGGAUCUUACAAUACAUUACAUGUACCAACAAAAAACAAAA